AUGCAAGAUAAAGGCAAGUUUCUUGGAUUGGUUGUUUAUGUUGAUGAUAUAUUGCUUGCUAGCAAUGAUGACAAUUUGGUGGAUUCUUUUAAGGCUUUCUUGAGCAACAAUUUUAAGUUCAAAGACUUGGGAAGACCUUCUUACUUUCUGGGUUUGGAGAUUGCUCGCAACACCAAAGGUAUCUACCUAUGUCAACGCAAAUAUGUUUUAGAUUUACUUAAAGAUGCAGGGCUUUUGAACUGUAGACCAGCUUCUACCCCUAUGGAAUCUGGCAAGCACUUGGACUUAGAGGAAGGUCCUAGCUUAACUGAUUUUACUCCGUAUAGGCGACUCGUGGGCAGGCUAUUAUACCUCUGUUUGACACGCCCAGACAUCACUUUUGCGGUCCAUAAUCUCAGUCAGUUCCUUUCCAAACCAUGUGAAGGUCAUAUGGCAGCAGCUGAAAGGAUUUUGAGGUAUCUAAAAGGAACAAUCGGGCAUGGACUGUUCUUCGACAAGAACUCCACCAUGGACUUAUCUUCCUUUUCUGAUGCUGAUUGGGCAUCUUGCCCCGCAACUCGCCGUUCCGUCACCGGUUUUGCUAUCUUUCUUGGAUCGUCUUUAAUUUCAUGGAAAUCUAAAAAGCAGUCUACUAUCUCUAGAUCUUCAGCUGAGGCUGAAUAUCGGGCAAUGGCACAAACUAGCUGUGAGGUAACUUGGGUUCGUAAUCUCUUGCUGGAAUUUGGGAUUCGACAGUCACGUGCCACACCUCUGUACUGUGAUAAUAAAGCAGCAGUCUACAUUUGCAACAAUCCCGUCUUCCACGAGCGAACUAAGCACAUCGAGAUUGACUGUCACACUGUGCGGAACAAGUACUUGGCCGGCGAACUUAAGCCAUUACAUAUCAAGAACGAUCUACAACUCGCCGAUGUUCUCACCAAAGCUUUGCCUGCUCCUGCUUUGCGUAACAUCAUGAUCAAGAUGGGAUUUACCAGUAUUUACCUUCCAUCUUGA